AUGGCUCUUCAGGACGAGUCUCUGGGGAUUGACCAGCUGAGUGUUGACUAUGACUACCUUGUGUACCGGAUCAGCGACCGCGUGAAGUCGUUGGAGCUGGAGGCCACCCGGUUGGUGCAACGGCAGAACGAGCUGGUGGGCCAAGUGUCUGAGCGUGUGAUUGAUGAGAACAUCGAGCGGUUUCGUGGAGUUCUGCGUGGUCUGGAUGAGCUUGAGGAGUACUUUGCUAUGAUGGAGCAGAUUGGGAUGAUUACCGACAGCUUCAAGGAGAGGCUUGACAGUGCGAUGGCUGCUUUGAAAUGA